UUUUUUAUUGUUUUCUGUCAGGCCUAUUAAAUUUUAACCAAGGAAAAGUAGAUUUAAAUCCAGGCAAAAACUAAAAUGAGAGAUUAGAGGGAUUACAGUAUGGCAGCUGAUGUACUGGGUAUGGCAUUUAUUCCAUACUACGAUCACUUAAUGAAUCUUUUACGAACAAACCCUGAACUACAUAAAACUGCAAGAGGAAUCUUCAAACAAGUGGCUUGGGGUGCAGCUGGUACUGUAGCUGGAGCAGCUGUUGGUGGCCCUGUAGGGGCUAUGAUUGGUGGUAUUGCUGGUUCAAUAGUAGGCUACAGAAUGAGUGACGAUUAUCAGUCUUUGAUUGAUGUAAUGCAGGACUUGUCUGAUGAAGAAAAAAAGGAAAUAGUUAAAAGAGUACAAGAACUUGUCGGAGGAUCUGCAAUAGAAGCCUUGACCCGAUUUAUUGGCAGCCAAGCACAGCGAUCAUCUCUGAUUCACUUGUUAAGAUCAGCCGCUUCAGAAUUUUCAAAAGGUGCUUAAAAACCACAACCAAGUUGUGUUGAUUUGAACAUCAAAGAUUUCUUAUAUUGCAAUAUUUUUUAACAAUAAUUGUUGAUAUUUUGCUGGUUAUUUUACACUAUUGCAGAUGUACCAAUGUUAACUUUUCUUUAAUGUUAACAUUACAUUUUUUUAGAUUCCUUAUACUUCCACAUUAAACUAAACUUAGUAUAAUUUCUCAAUACUCUAAAAAUUAUAUUACUUUUUAAAAGUAAAAAAUAUGUUAUCUAAAUUACAAUGUAUUAAAAUUUAUGUUAUGUAAAUUGGAAAAUAAAACUUUUGUUAUAAAAAGUAAAAGGAUAAAUAAAGUUGUGGCUAAAAUUCAAAAUAAUGUUGCACUUUUUAACUUUUUAAUAGCAAAUCACAACAUAUUGCAGGGCUAAGACAUUCCCCCCUCUCUCCAGCUCCCUAUCCUUAUUUCUAACACUAACUAACCAUAACUUAUUCUUACCCUUAUCUCUAUUUCUAAAUUAGCAGGUGGGGGAUAUGUUGUAUUGUAGGUUUUUGGGCAACAAUAAUUGUUGAUAUUUUGCCUGCUAUUUUUCAUCGAUGCAGAUUAACAGAACAAUCUAUUUGUGAUAAAGUAUUUAUGAUGUACCAAUGUUAACUUUUCUUUAUUUACAACUGUGCAGUUACAUGUUAUGACUUCAUAUUUUUUUAGAUUCCAUCUACUUCCACAUUCAAAAAUUAAAUGACCACUU